GUCAUGUCUCGCUGUAACCCUGUGUUGAUUGCGCGUGGCGCUGGGCGAAUAGAAGCAUCGAAUGUCAGCCAGGGAUCAUAUCACCCCGUCGCGGCUCCGUCUAUCUCGACUCUCGCUUCGUCCACCUCGCCCGCUCAGGGGCUGCAUCGAUCAGCAUCCGCAGAUCCCCUGAUUCCCGAAAGCCUUCCAGAAGCAGGAUGGGUGACAUCUGCGCAGAAGCAUAUAAGGCUGGUGCCAUCCGCAUUCAGGAUGGUCCCUGAACAUCCCAAGGAUCUGCAUCAGUGCUUCCUUGCACCCUUUUUUACCAUUGUGAACCCUCCCUAGCGAGCCAACAUGAGGUUCCAAUCGUUCCUCGCAUCGACGCUUCUGGGCUGUUCAUUGCUGGUAGGCAAUGUUGCCGCCAAGGGCAAGUUUGGGCGAUUCGCCCAGCAUGCCCGCGAUGUUCGCGAUCUGACGAAGCGUGCCCCCGAGCUCACUCAGGGGCAUAAUGCACAGCCGCAGAAGGACUUCCGCUUCCUGACUCACGAGACAAAGCCGUACCUGGUCGAGAGAUUGCCCGAUGUUCCCUUCGAUCUUGGCGAGAUGUACUCCGGAUCGGUUCCCAUUGACCUCGGUGAUGAUUCUCGCAGUCUGUUCUUCGUGUUCCAACCCAAGCUCGGUGAUCCCGUUGAUGAGGUCACCAUCUGGCUCAAUGGAGGCCCGGGCUGCAGCUCCCUCGAGGCCUUCUUCCAGGAGAACGGGCGAUUCGUUUGGCAACCCGGUACCUUUGCCCCUGUGGAGAACCCGUACUCCUGGGUGAACUUGACCAAUAUCCUAUGGGUCGAUCAACCUGUCGGGACUGGUUUCUCCCUCGGUACCCCCACCGCUACCACCCAGGAAGAAACCGCAGCGGACUUUGUUAAGUUCUUCAAGAACUUCCAGAACAUCUUCGGGAUCAAGAACUUCAAGAUCUACGUGACUGGAGAGAGCUACGCGGGGCGCUAUGUGCCUUACAUCUCCGCUGCUUUCCUGGAUGAGAAAGACCCGGAAUAUUAUGACCUCCAAGGCGCUCUUGUCUACGAUCCAUGCAUCGGGCAGUUCGACUACGUACAAGAGGAAGUGCCGGCCGUGCCGUUCGUCAACAAGAACGCUAACCUCUUCAAUUUCAACGAGACCUUUAUGCAGGAACUGAACCGCCUUCAUGAAGCCUGCGGGUACCAAGAAUAUCUAGAUCAAUACUUGACGUUCCCUGCGUCGGGAGUGCAACCACCGCGGAUGUUUAACUACACCGAGGAGGCCGAAUGCGACGUUUUCGAUCUGAUCAACAACGAAGUGACCAGCAUCAACCCCUGCUUCGACGUUUACGAGAUCAACCUGAUGUGCCCGAUUGCAUGGGACGUGCUUGCAUUCCCGACGGCACUCGUCUACCAGCCAGAAGGCGCAUCGGUAUACUUUGACCGGCCAGACGUCAAGCGUGCCCUGCACGCGCCGCUCAACGUGACCUGGGCGGAAUGCUCGAACAACCCAGUGUUCAUCGGGGGCGAUGGCGGCCCCGAGCAGGAGGGUGACUUUUCGGCAAACCCGACAGACAAAGUACUCCCGCAGGUGAUCGAGGCAACGAACCGUGUGCUCAUCGGAAACGGCGACUACGACAUGAUCAUCCUCACGGACGGCACGCUGCUGGCGAUCCAGAACAUGACCUGGAACGGACAGCUGGGAUUCCAGGAGCAGCCUAGCAAGCCCAUUGUCAUCGACGCUCCCGACCUGAUGUACGCGCAGGUGUACGAGGAGAACGGGCAAGCCCCGCUUGGCGGCCAGGGCGUGAUGGGUAUUCAGCAUUACGAGCGUGGUCUGAUGUUCGUUGAGACGUACCAGAGCGGCCAUAUGCAGCCUCAGUACCAGCCCAGAGUGUCUUACCGCCAUCUCGAGUGGUUGUUGGGACGGAUCGAGGAUCUAUGAGCGUAGGUUUCAUACGGAGGACAUAUGGAGUGUACUGUAGUAAUUCGAUAUAUGCCACUAUAUAAAAUGGGAUUUCUAGAACCACAUUGGCUUUCCCCUUCUGGAUGCCCGUGCUUUCAUGAGGGCACUCAGAGG